AUGAUAAAAAUACUUUCGCAAGAAGAUGCUACUAAUAUACAGACAGAGCAAAUCCUCCCGGACAUUUACACGCUCGUAAAUGAGCUGGUUAAAAACAGCAUAGACAGUGGGUGCACAUACGUAGACGUGCGAAUUGAGACUGCAGGCAGCUUUAUAACAUACACUGUCGAAGACAACGGGGCAGGAAUAGACGUGAACGAGUACUUUCUCAUGAGAGGCGGCACGUCAAAGUAUGCCAGAAGAGGGGAGUUCUACGGGUAUAGGGGAAUGGCCAUGAAUGCCUUGGUCACUGCAAGCGACUUCACACUGCUCACUAAAAAUGCCUCUAAGAGCGUGAGAGUAGAUGCAAAGGAGGGCGUAAUAUCGCAGGAGCCCAUGCACAAAGAGAGCGCAGGCACGACUGUUAAGGUGUACAACUACUACAAGAGAAACCCUGUGCGGUACAACUACCUGCUGAACACGCUGUCCAAGAACAUAAACAGCAUAGUAGAGAAGCUGAAGAAAUACAGCAUUUUCCACAACAUAGUCUUUAGACUGUACAAAAACAGCACGCUCCUCUACAAAACCCAGCACAGGGGCGAGGAUGUAAAGCGCAAAAUAACAGCUACUUUCAGCAUGCAGGAGUAUGUAACAGCCAUCUUCAGCAGCAAGAACAUGGUUUUGGAGUGCUUUGUGUGCACGCGCAGCGGGAGCCUGAAGGAGAUGAAAUGCACUGGCAUUAUAAACAACCGCGCCGUGCUGAUGGAGAAUGCGCGGAUGGACAAGCUAGUUUGCAGCGGGUUGCAGGACAGAGCAGCAUUCUACAAUCUUACGCUGAGCAGGGAGUACAAGGAAAUAGCUGUUUUAAAGGAUCUGGAGGCUGUAAGCGAGUACAUCGAAAAGAGUGGAAUCUCUGCAGACGUCACUGUGGACAUAGACAGCGCGCGAAAAGAGAACGACAGCGCGCGCUUUAGCAGGCGCACGGAGACGCCCAUUGCAAAGAAGGUCCGGGUGGCGAGCGAGGCCCUGCCAGGCAUGCGCAUGCGGGGCAUAACUGCUGUUGUGGUGAACGACCGCGAAGAGCUAGUAGAGCACGAGUACAGCAACAGCAUGGAGCUGUCCGUGGGCGACCUGAAAAACCUAAAAGUGGUUGGACAGUUUAACAAUGGGUUUAUUAUAUGCACAAUAGCGAAGCCUGCAGGCAUACACAUAUACGCUGUAGACCAGCAUGCGGCAGACGAGGCUGUGAACUAUGAAAGGCUCAAAACAUCGUACACGUACACCAGGCAGAAGCUGAUACAGCCUAUUAAAGUGUCCAUAAGCACGUACGAGAUAUACGUGCUGAAAGAGAACAUAGAGCUGGCAGAGCAGCACGGGUUUGCGCUGGACAAUGGCUGCACAGAGAUUCUGGAGGCGCCCGUGUACGAGAAUACCGUGUUCGGAGAAAGAGAGCUUGUGGAGCUUAUAGAGGGAAUAAAGGACGAAAGAGUCAAAGCAGGAGAGCGCAUACUGUUUAGCGAGCUGCGCAAAAUACUCGCAAGCAAGGCGUGCAGGUCCAGCAUCAUGAUUGGGCGUCCGCUGAACAUGCAGGAAAUGAAGCGGGUUUUGUCUUCGCUAUCAAAGACAACGCGCCCGUGGAACUGUCCCCACGGCCGCCCAACCAUAAUUCUGCUGCAGGCUCUCGCAAAGUAA